AUCUAAAGCUGCGGAACGGAUCGAGGUUAUGUGGUGUGUUUUUCGUGGUAGGGGUUUGGUGCAGAAAUGCGAGCUCGCUGUUGACUGUGUGCGCGAGUUUCCGUGUGUAUCCUUACGCGCUCGAGCGGCCGUUAAGAGCUGCACGCUGAUUGGCUGCAACCAAGGAGGACGUUUUAAUACUUAUGGUGCUGUGGUUGGCUGCAGACUGUAAAGGUUCAAGCAAUUUUUUUACAGCUUAGUGUCUGUGGCACCGUAAUUAAUUGUAGCUAGCCGUCUCUUAUCGAUGCGUUUGGAAGGAACAUGAAAUAGCUGUUGUGUUGUGGUGUUUUUUUCUUUUUUAAUCAAAGGACUUUACCACUCGGCCUUAGAGAUUAAAGAUCCAACUGUGCUGCUGCUGCUGGUGCUGCUGGUGUGGUGCUGCUGGUGCUGCUGGUGUUGGUGCUGCUGGUGCUGCUGGUGCUGCUGGUUGCUUUUUCUACCUUUACGUGUGAUGUUGGAUAUGGGAGAACGGAAAGAAGUAAAAAUGAUUCCAAAAUCAUCGUUCAGUAUAAACAGCCUGGUGCCUGAAGCCGUUCAGAGUGACAACCAGCACAGGACCAUCUCUGAAGAAGAAGAGAAAAUCCCUUUACCUAUAGUACAGGAAGCGAAGUCGGAGAACACUUGCGCUAAAAGUGACAAUCCUGAACCAACUUGCACGGACGAUAAGGAAAAACAGGAGGAAAAAAAGGACUCUAAAGAGGGUGAAGGAGGAAAAGACGGCGAAAAGAAAAACGGCAAGUACGAGAAACCUCCUUUUAGCUAUAAUGCUUUAAUCAUGAUGGCUAUAAGACAAAGUCCGGAGAAACGGUUAACGCUGAACGGCAUUUAUGAGUUUAUUAUGAAAAAUUUUCCAUACUACCGGGAGAACAAGCAAGGCUGGCAAAACUCCAUUAGGCACAACUUAAGCUUGAACAAGUGCUUUGUCAAAGUUCCGCGGCAUUACGAUGACCCGGGCAAAGGGAACUACUGGAUGCUCGACCCAUCAAGCGACGACGUGUUCAUCGGCGGCACAACAGGAAAACUUAGGAGGAGAUCGACCACGUCGCGGGCCAAGCUGGCGUUCAAGCGCGGCGCACGGCUCACCUCCACUGGCCUGACGUUCAUGGAUAGAGCUGGUUCUCUAUACUGGCCCAUGUCGCCUUUCCUCUCGCUGCACCAUCCCAGAGCAAGUGGCGCCCUGAGCUACAACGGCACCUCCUCGGCCUACCCGAGUCACCCAAUGUCCUAUAGCACCAUGCUGACGCAGAACGGUUUGAGCAACAACCACUCGUUCCCGGCCUCGAACGGCCUGAGCGUGGACAGACUCGUGAACGGAGACAUUCCGUACGCCACGCAUCACCUGACAGCGGCCGCGCUGGCCGCGUCUGUGCCCUGCGGCCUCUCAGUUCCCUGCUCAGGGACCUACUCGCUCAACCCAUGCUCAGUGAACCUGCUGGCGGGACAGACCAGCUAUUUCUUUCCUCAUGUGCCGCAUCCUUCCAUGAGUUCGCAGGGGAGCACGUCGAUGAGCUCCCGCACCGCUUCUUCUUCGUCGCCGCAGGCGGCCGCGUCUCUCCCGUGCGAGUCGUUAAGGCCUACACUACCGAGCUUCUCUUCGGGACUUUCCGCAGGACUGUCUGAUUACUUCACACAUCAGAAUCAAGGUUCUACGUCCAAUCCCCUUAUACACUAACUGUCAUCCCGAAGGAUGAAGACUUGAUUGAGCUGCAAUGGAAAAAUCUUCGCAAACAAAAGGAUGCGGCUGCCGUCUCGCCUUCCCCAGCUGGGCGGAACACGCAGGCCAUCGCCGCCAAUUUCACAGCCCAAUUAUCUACUUGCAUUCAGGGGAGUUGACUAAACAAACAGCGGCCCUGCUGCGCCCCGAGAGCUCGCCGAGUCACGCGAGACCCCUGCGAGAUCAAUCCUAAACGCACCAAGCACUUCUGAGCAUCAGCCCUGCGUGUAUACGUUAUGGCCCAUCGAUCGCUUUUAUAUACGCUUCUUAAAGCGAAUCCAUUUAUGUACCUGUUUACUUAUUUGUCCUCGACUUAAUUACGCACCCACGCAGUCUGCGUAUUGACCCAGAGUUGGGCUAAAGUUGUUUAUAGCAAUUAUGAGUCACGUUUUACUUUUUUUGUUUUGUUUUCUUCCUUCUUUCCCUCCUUCCCUCCCUCUCUCUCUCUCUCUCUCCUUCUUUCAUAAACCGCAUCGCCAGACUGUCGUGGUCAGACCACUGUCAAUUGCUCUUGUGCUGCUAUUAGGGCAGACAUGGCUUCGGCGCCUGAAAGGGAAAAAAUCAAUGCCACCGUGAUUAGACCGAUGACAGCAAAUUCACAGUUUCAUCCGGGAGUGUUCAGACAGAGACGAGGUGUGCGGCAAAUAAGGCGCACUUGUCUGCACACAAAGGAAAAGUCCUCCCGUCUUUGUUUAUAAGGUGUAAAGAUUCGACAAUGAUUGCCGGGUUUCUGGAGACUCUCCGGCCAUUUUCAUCGUCAACAUCGCAUGAAAGGAGAUGUGUGGAAAAUUUCAGUGCAACUUUAUAGUCUAAUGACACUUAUUUUCCUUUGCAUGAUUUCAUUGCUCAGUAACAAGCAUCCACUGUACAUCUAAAGUAGUGCAGUGCAGGUCCAGGGAUCUCUAGAUCUACACCCUGAAGUGCGUUAAAGCUUUCCUCCGCUACUGCUAGAA